AUGAAGCUUGGAGAUUCUAAAUUGGCUUCAGCCAUAAAAAAUGUGAUUAUAGCAAAUAAGAAUGUAGAAAUAAUCAAGGAUGUGUUGUAAGAGGAUCCGAGGGAGAUGAAUGUUUCUGUGUUUGAUCAAGUAGGACAGGAGAAUUAAGAUGUCAAAUAUUUGGAUUUAUUCAUCCAUUUGACUGAAUAAUGUCUUAAUAAUCCUAACAAAUCUGCAACUCUUUGUACAGAUUUGAUUCUUAAGAUAUCAUACGUCAUAUCUGAUCCUUCGAAAUGGUCAAAACAUUUCAAUUCUAAAAUUUAGUAAUCAGAGUAAUAAAUAUUAGGUUUUAAAAAAAUCAAAUUCAUGAAAAGAUCAAUCAAUUCUUGUCCAAUUGCACUUUAUUAGUAGAGAAUUAGAAACCAGUUCAGAAGAUUAUAAUUAUGGCUUUGACAAAUUUAGUUACAAUAAAUGAACCUGAAGAUGAAACUUUGUGUGAGUCAUGUCUGAAAUCUUUAAAGAUAUUGUAUAAGAACAACCCAGAUUUAAAAUAAUUGCUUAAGAAAACAAUCCAGAAGAACAUCCUUACUAACUUGGAGCAAAAGAGUUUUCUUACAAUUCCUAUUUGUUUACUUAAGGGUUUGACUGAUUUCGCAGCAGAAAUAAAAUUAGGUGACUGGAUGACUGAUUAACAAUGCAUUCUUUUUGGUAGAUGGCUCGAAUAGAUCUUUGUUAUAUUUAGAGAUGAUAAGUCAAAGAUUGAUUAAUCAGUGGAAUGCACAUUAUAAUUGAUGAGUAGAUGUUUUGUUGCUGAAUCCUUUGCCACCCAGUUAGAAGAAUUCAUUACAAUGGAUGGAGUGAUGGAUAUUUUGAGUUAUUGUUUCUCUAUCUCAAAAAAAGCCAAAGCGGAUGAAAUAUUUACAAAGAAUAAAAUUAUAGUCUAUGUUUUUGAAAUGAUCAGCUCUUUAAAUAGAUUUCUCAAAAAAUCUAAUCCAGUCUUAAAAGAAAAAUAUUCAGAUAAAAUAUCAACAGAAAUUAGCAAGAUGAUUGAUGAACUGGAAUCAGAAAGGUAUCAUUUUGCAAAUUCUGAAUCUGUUAAAACUCAAGAGCAAUGCUAAAUUAUGAAUAAGAAAUUAGGUUCUCUAAUUAGGGCAUAUGGCAAGAUCCUGGUAGAUAAUCCAUCAUAUACAAAAAUAUUGACAGAUAAAGAUAUCAAUGAUCCAAUUAAAAAAAAAGAAAGGGAACUUCUAGCUAGUCUAAAUGAGAAGUCAAAAUCAGAUAAGAAAGAGGAAAAAAUCAUCUUUAUUCAAGUCUUAAAAUUAGUGACUAUCAAGAAAUUGGAUCCAUAUAUAUAUGGAAGUCUUUGCUAAUUUUUAGUAACGAUAUUAGAGAGUCAAGUUUGUGAUCUCUAUUUAGGUUCAAUCGUAUCUACGACUGAAAAUUUUAAUAAUACUUUGUUACUAUUGUCCAAGACUCUUUAUAAUGAAUUUUGUUUAAUGGCCAGAGUGUAUGGCAAUGUUUAAGUAACCGCUGAACAUACACUCUCUAAUAUGCCAACUGCAGAAUUACAAUAUGCAGUACUUCAAAUCUUAAAGGUUUUUGAGUGCAUUCAAAAGAAAGCUUCAGAUCCAAAUGACAUAUAAAAGUUUUAAGAUAAAUUGAAAGGUUUAGAAUAAUGGAAUUACAAAUACAUCAUUUUGUCUUGUUUGGAAUCCCCAGUGGAGGAAAUUAGAAUUGUGACUACAUAUCUACUAUCAAAUAUCCCAAGUCGUAAAUGGGAAUUCGAUGAUCUGAAAACUAUGCAAAAAAUAUUAGAAAAACUCUAAUAGUUAUUGUCAGAUGGAUAAGGAGAAGAAGUAUAACAAUUAAAUUAUCCUAGGAAAUAUCUUGUUUGUUGAUGAUUUUUUGUAAUAUUGUAUCAUCAAAUGCAAAUCCAGUUUCAUAUCAAUUCAGGUAAAAUACAUCUUCAUCCAAUUUAUGUGUGGUUGCAUAUAAAAUGUAAUCCAAUAUAUGUAUGUAGAUUACGAACAAAUAUGAGUAGAGACACAAGGGGAGAUGAGAAUCAAACCAGAUAAAAAACUGCCUUAAGUGCUUCCUGUGUGUAUUUAUUAACUCAAUAUCUCUAUUCUUCUUAAUUAAGAAAUAAUUUCUUCAAUCAAAAGGCUCUCUUUGAGAUUGGAGAAGCAAUAAGAUUAGAAGAUCAAUCUGGAACUGAUAUUAAAACACCAUUGUCCAUUGAAUCAAUUUGUCUAGUCAUUUAGCCUUUGUUUCAAUCCAUAGAAUGUAAGUUAUAUUCAUUUAUACAUUAGCCGACUUUGGUAUUAACAUUACCCACUUAAACUUCUUUAGAGUAUUGAUGCAGAUUAGCAACAUUCUCAACUUUUAAAAGUAUUACUAGACAUAACAGUUAACUAAAGCAAGAGCUGAAAUAGAGAAAGAAAUAUAAGCAUAAAAAGAUUUAAUGCAAUCUAAGAAACAUAAGAUGCCUAAAGUUAAUAUGGCUGAAGACUAUGAUUAUGACAAUAACUAAUCUGUAGAGGAUAUUUUAAGUCAAUACAAAAGAAGCUUGUAUUAGCAAUGUUGUGAAUAGUGGGAGGAUUGGAAAAUUGUUAAGUUUCCUAAUUAUAAAUCUCUUGAUCUCAUCGAUGAUUUGAUUAGUGCUUUUGAAGUCUAACAUACUAUAUUUUCAUCUUAGAAUGGAGUAGACAGAUUGCUUGCUUGUUUAUAACCACUCAUUUAACACGUUCAUUUGGAUUUAGAAGAAAAAAGUAUUUCAAUAGAGGCUAUAAAUCAAUCAGAAGGAAAUGAGUAUCAAUCUAAGGUUGUCACUUCUAGUUUAAGUAAGCAUGCUAUUGUUAGUAAAUUGGUUGGGUAUCCUCAAAAUUAGGAUUUAAAUAUUUCAAGAUAUUCAUCUUAGUUUUUUGAAGUAGUUCAACAGAAGAAGAUUUUGGCUAAUAGUAUGGUGGAUUUGUAAUAAUUCUCUGAAGAUUAAUUUUAUGAAUACAUGUCACUUGCUCGCAGUCAAAAGAGCAAGAUUGCCUUAAUUACAAGUGCCUUUCUCUAUUCUUGUUACAUUUCCAUCAUUUUUGCACCUGAGGCAUCAAUACUUUGCAAUGCUUUAACAGAAAUACAAUAAAAGGAGAAAUUGAUUGGCUAUAUCAAAUUAUGUGCUGCCUCAGAUUGGUACAAUUCUUGUGUUUCAAUUAAAUUGUUUAAAAUUUAUAGAUUGAUUGGAAGACAUAUGAUAUUCUUUUUCAAUAGUGAUAAUACAUUUAAUUUCUAAAAGUUUGUAUAAGAAGAAAUAAUAAAGUAAUUAAGAUAGAGCAAUGAAUUACCUGUUGUUUUAGAACCAAAGUUAACAAAAAUAAAGAAAGCUAUCAAAGAUAUAGAAGCGAAAUAAAAGUUAUUGAAAAAAAAACCUUUGUUUUCUGCUCCAAAAUCAGAAGAAUACUUAGAAACAUGCUAUUUAAUUAAUAAAACCAUACAAAUUAUUUUGAGUGACUUUAAAGAAAUCAUUUAAUCUCUUAAUAAGAAGUAUUAUAAUUAAUUACAUAAUUUAGUUAAUUAUUGCAACAAUUGAAAUUAGUCAAUAGUAUCUUCAAAACAAUACAGAUAGUGUUUAAAUAAAUGCUAAUGUGUGUUGUUGAAUUAAGAUUGGAUGAAUAUACUUAAAUAUUCUCAGCUCUACGCAAAAUCUAUAAAUAAAUUGGAGCACAGAAUUUCUUUGAUGAAUUGACCAUGUGCAUGCAAAAAUUAGAUAAAAAACUGUCGUCUAUGUCUGCUCUAUUUUAAAAUAACGAUUUCUUACAAAAAUAAUAAUAUUAGUUAUAUGUCAAUUUAGCAUAAGUGCUGGGAAUCAUAUUCAUACAAAAAGGGUAGAAUCUAAAAUAAUUAUUUGGUAAUUUAUGUUAAAGAUUUGACUCUUCUAAAUUAUCUGAGGCUGUCAACAAUGGAAUCAAAGCAUGGGUGGCUUAAAUGGUCAUGCUCCAUUAAUUCACUUUCAAAGAUAUUUAUAAUCCCUUUGUUAACCAAAUUCCUAUUCAUGAGGCCAUAAUUGAUUUUAAAAAGCAGGAAUCCUACACAAAAUUCAAGAAUUGUCUUCUAUUAGUGUAUAAUACCUAUUUUAUUGUUCUUGAAGUCAUUGGAGUUUAAGUCAAUCAAGAUUUUCUAUAGACUCAAGUAACGUAAAAGAAUUACAAGAUCCAUUUACAUGUACAAGGAUAACAAGUAAAAACUGUUUAUCUAAAUUUAGAUUCGAGAGUCUGUGUGUCAAAUGUAAUAGUAAGCUCACGCAAACAUGACUGAAGAGUAGAGAUAAGAAUUACAGGAACAUAUCGAAGAAUUUAAUGAAGGAUUGAAAGUUAUGGAUUUAUAGAUAAUGAAUUUAGAUGGAGGAUCCAAAAAAUCUGAUCUUGAUUAUCUAUUUUACUUUUAAACAAAAUGGGAUUGUGCCAAAUAUGUUAAGAUAUUUAAUAUUUUACAAAAUGCCGAUACUAAUUUUGAAAAUCCAUUGAUUUGA